ACCAAUAAGAGGAAAUUUAUCGAUCAAAAUUAGCUUAAGUUGAUCAUCCGCUUCAUUAUCAUCAUUUAAUAACGUGCUUUCUAUAGAUUUCUUUGCAUUUUUUUACUGUACAUCGAUGCGAUAUGUUUUUAAUUAACUAUAUGAAAUGUUGCGUCGUUUACUAGGUGUAAGAAGAUUAUUUAGAAUGCCUGUAACUGAGACUGGGGAUCAAUAUUCUGUUUGGGUGGGGUUAAUUUAUAUAUUUAAUUUGAUUGUGGGCACUGGAGCUCUUACACUACCUGCUGCAUUUGCUAGAGCAGGAUGGGGACUCAGUACAAUAUCUCUUCUCUUUCUUGCAUUCAUGAGCUUUAUGAACGCAACAUAUGUUAUAGAGACUUUGGCAUGUGCUAAUGCUGUAUUUAAAUGGAAAAGAUUACAAUUCAUUAAAAGGAAUAGUAUCCAAGAUCAUGAAUCAGAUGAAGAGCCGAGUUCCUCACAGCACCAUUACGGUGAACUGGAGGACCCUCUUGUGUGCGGUGAAUCAAUCCCCUCCAGAUAUUACAGUCUGGAUAAAAGAGUAGAACUGGGAGAAAUGGCAAACCUAUUCCUCAAUAAAAGUGGACGCACAAUGUUUUACUGCACUUUAUGUGUAUAUUUGUAUGGAGAUCUUUCAAUAUAUUCAGCUGCAGUAGCCAAAUCUAUGAUGGAUAUUGUAUGUUCAACAGUACCAGCUAAUGCAAGCAACACAACAGAUUGGGACGCGCUGCCGUGUUUCAAUGUGUCGUCCACAGCGCCAGACGCGUACACCCGCCUCGACUGCUACCGGGUCGCGUUGUUGACGUUCUUCGCAGUCACUGGACCAUUCAUCUUCUCUAAUGUGCAGAAGACGAAGUAUCUCCAGCUGUUUACAUCGGGCAUGAGGUGGCUCGCUUUUGCGAUUAUGAUAUCAAUGGCGAUUUACCUGCUUAUCGGUCACGGGCCUCAGGGUAAACCUCCGGCCUUCGACUUCACGGGCAUGCCCACGCUGUUCGGCGCCUGCGUGUACUCCUUCAUGUGCCACCACUCGCUGCCCGGACUCAUCAGCCCCAUCCGCGGCAAGAACCGCCUCGGCCUCCAUCUGGCUCUGGACUACGCCCUCAUCAGCAUCUUCUACCUCCUUCUAGCCUUCACCGGUGCGUUUGCUUUCGCCAAACUGAGCGAUCUAUACACUCUCAAUUUCGUACCAACGGAUAAUGAAAAUAUAAUUUUAGAAAUAGUCGAAUAUUUCUUAGCUCUAUUUCCCGUGUUCACGCUCUCCACGAGCUUUCCAAUUAUAGCUAUAACCCUUAGAAAUAAUUUACAAAGUCUGUUUUUGGAUACGACGCGUCUAGAAUCGUAUAAUAUUAUAUUGAGAAAGUUACUGUUCCCAAUAAUAACAGUCGCGCCGCCGCUACUGUUGACCUACUUCUUAGAGGAUAUCGGUAUUCUAAUUAAGUUUACGGGCUCGUAUGCGGGAACCGGUAUUCAAUAUCUGAUGCCCACAUUUCUAGUGCUUUCUGCGAGACGGCACUGUACAAAUUUGUUAGGUCUAGGUGUUGUUAAUAAAUACAAGAGCCCUUUUUCGCACAUAGCCUGGGCUGUGUUUGUCUUGCUUUGGUCUUUCAUGUGUAUUAUAUUAGUGUCCGUGAAUAUUUUUGAGAAAAAUUCAUGACGUUGAUGAUCUCAAAGUUGUACCAAAGGUUAUUGGGGUCGUGUUUCAUUCGAGAGGUAACAAUCGAUUGUAUUGCCGAAUAUUUUUACGGUCUUGAAUUAAAUUUUCAGAUGUUACGGUAUUUACUAAUUAAUUGUGAAUCGGUAUUUAACAAAACAUUCGUACAUACCUAUAGAUUUCACUCAUUUUUGCCAAAAGUCGUAAAUAAAAAAAAAAAUUACGACCAAUGAUAAUUGGCUGCGAUGACGUCACGUGUAUUUAACCAAUCGGAGUGAAAUCAACAGAUCCAUUAACUACCAAACAAUAAAACCUCGGGCACAGACAAAAAAAAUCCU